GGUGCAGUGUGUAGACGGCUCGCAGUCAACAUUUUGCGCGCGCACGCGAUCUUGGGAAUACGCCGUUCCGCAAUCACACGUGGUUGUCAACCCCAAACAGGGGGUCGCAGGUUAACCCGUGAGAACAGAAACGCCGCUCACCGGUUUUCUUCGGGGAGGUCACUGACCAUCAAUCUGCGCUCCUUCGCGGUCCCUUUUUCAGCGGACAAGUGACACAAAUCCGGCUCGAAGGACCAUCUGUGUUAUUCAUCGCACUUGUGCAAUUGAAAAGUUGAAAGGUUUCGUUCGUCGGAAAUGGGACAAAAUGUGUCGCAAUGUCCUUCGAUGAUGUGUUUUUCUGUGUGCCGCGCGCAUUUUUAAUUGUGCGUAUGGGACAUUGAGGAAAUGUCAAAAUUGAUGGUGAUGCAGGAUGAUGUUUUCGUGAGUGAAUCCGCGUUCUGAUACUUCCGAUUCGAAUUGACUAUCGCACACUGGGUUUGUGAUUUCGAGUGACAGUUCUAUUUGGUGCAAUAUGCCUGUGCAAUAAACGUUCUCGCCCGGAUUUCAAUGACGAAAAUUUCAAUCAUGAAAUACUUCACCACCGGACAGAGAGAAUCCUAUACUCUCAUCGCCAGAAAGAGGCAUAUGAAAAAAAUAAGACAUCAACAGAGCAAUACAACCUGGCAUGGCACCCCUAUCAUCGGCGUCAAUAGCCCCGCCCAUCACCACCGCAUGGCCCACGAGAAAGUCAAGGCCACCACAAACGAUAUGUUCGAGCUCAUCGAAAAAAUUCAAUGUUCCCGACUAGAUGACCAAAGAUGCAUGUUGCCCGUUUCUUUCAAUCAGCCGCCGCCAACGCAGCGUCAACUCAGCACCUCCGACCUCAAAGAUGAACCAUCCAGACUAUCACUCAACAACAACCACAAACCAAUGUCCCCCAACCCUUCUACGACCUCUCAAACGCCCCCCUCCUCUCCCCAACAGGCCACUCAGAGCCGGAGGCUCCUGGAGGAAACCCUUUCCAAAUCCAGGCCGUAUCCUAUGGUGGUGGUGCCAGAAAAAGGAUACUGGGUGGACGACACCGAGCACAACCUACAGUACGAUCACAGGGGCAACCCAGUAUUACCGAACUCCACGUGGAGGGCUAAAAUAGAGACUGACGACACGGCGAAAUGCUACCGGAGGUUCUUCGUCGGGAGAGAGCACUCGACUCUCAUCGGACAAGACGAAAAUUUCGGCCCUGUCCUUCUAUCCGUGAAAACGGAGAACGUGGCCAAUCAGGAACACACCAGAAUCCUGCUGCGUCUGCGCACAGGCACCAUGCACGAGAUCGUACCGACGUCGUGCCUUGGUUCCAACCCUACCCCGGCCAAGAUGGCCAAACUACUCAACGACCAGUUGGACGUGGAAAAUUUCGUACCUGUCAUGAGUCCGAAGAGCACCAGCCUGAUAGCCAACUAUGACGAGCACGUCUUGGUGUCGAACUUCAAGUUCGGCGUACUGUACCAAAAAUAUCGACAGACGACAGAGGAAGAGCUGUUCUGCAAUAACGUAACGUCACCAGCCUUCGACCGGUUUUUGGAGCUGUUGGGACAAAAGAUUCAAUUGAAGGAUCAUAAAGGGUAUAGGGGAGGACUUGACAUAAAAAAUGGACACACGGGCGAAGCGGCAAUAUAUGAGGUUUUCAAAGAACGUGAAAUAAUGUUUCACGUUUCGACCAUGCUACCAUUCACGGAUGGAGAUCCUCAACAGUUGCAGAGGAAGAGGCACAUAGGCAACGACAUAGUGGCUCUAGUGUUUCAGGAAGAAAACACCCCUUUCACACCUGAUAUGAUAGCUUCUCACUUUUUGCACGCAUUCAUCGUCGUACAAGUUUUUGAAAAGAGUCCAGUUCUAAGGUACAAAGUGAGUGUUACUGCCCGUCAAGACGUUCCGUUCUUCGGCCCCACCCUUCCGACGCCCGCGAUCUUCGAUCAUGGACCGGAAUUCAAGGAGUUCCUCCUGACAAAGCUGAUAAACGCGGAGAAUGCCUGCUAUAAGGCGGAAAAGUUCGCCAAGCUGGAACUAAGGACGAGAACCUCGCUGUUGGAAUCACUGACAGAAGAGUUGAAGGACAAGACCAAUGAAUUCUUGGGAGGUGGUGCGCCUGGCACUGCCCCCGGUACUCCCAAGGGCGAGUCCGGACCUGGGUCUAGGUUCAUUGAUACGGUGAAGAAAGCAUGGAGCGCUAGGGUGAAGAGCAGCCAGAGCGUCGAUCAAAAUCUGGCAAACAACAAUCACGAGAGACUAUCGAAGAAGUCCAGUCAGCCGACAAUUGCGGAGACAACGCCAUCUAGUGGUCGAUCGAUUUCGAAACUAUCCAGCCAGUCGCUCAAUGAGAAAAAGUGUACGAACUCUUCGACGGCUUCAUCGCCCGACCUGACCGCGCAUGCGCAUAUACGGUCGCCGCUUUCGGAGGCCAGUGACGCAUCCUCGUUUACCAGCGAGGACCUGGAGCUGCCUGCUGCAAACUACGUGGACAGCGACACCGGCCUAGAGAGCAUGUCCAGCGCGGAGACCACGGCCAAACCUUGCAGUGUAUGCAACGAGAGGCCCGGUAGUGUCUCCGUUGAACUGAACGUAGACGACUUGGUCCAGGAGGUCAGCACUCUCAAGUGCGACAAGCUGGAACUUUUGAGACAGAAUGUGCAUUGUCAAAGAGAAAUCAAAAACCUCAGAGAGAAAGUAUUCAGUGUUGAGAACAACCUUUCACUCAAAGAGAAGGAAAUCCUUAGGCUAAGGGACCUGCUCAAGAAUUAUAGUCCUAACAUCGAAAGAUCUCCUAUAUAAACUACAUAUAUGAAUCUCCUGAUUUGCAUUUAUUGUCAGAUAUUCGCCUAUAUCUGUUCAACUCUGGAAAGUAUUAUUUUUUUCUCGGAAUGGAUAUUUUUCGAAUGCAAUUUACCUUUAAGAAGAGAGAGUAUUCAGUGUUGUAACACCAAUUCAAAGAGUAAUUAUUGUUUUAAUAUUUAAAAUAAUUAAUUACUGCUUUUUUAUUAUAUAAGUAAAAUGUCUAACAAAUAUGUCAAUUCAGUGUUGCACCAGAUAGAGAAAUGCUGCACACAUCAAUUCAACACUGUGCAAGAAAUAUGUUUUGUGAUAAUCUUUUUUCUUAUUAUCUCUUCGAAAUUACCUUAGUGAGGUAACCACUACUCAUUCUGACCUCUCCUCCCUAUCUAAAUUUCUUUAUAUCUUUCUAUUUUUGAAGAAAUAUUUCUUCUCAAAGUUAUGGUUAGUUGAGUAGUGAACUGAAUAUGAAUGUGUACAAAAUAACUCUGAAUUAAUACCUGAAAAUUUUGUAUAGAUUGUUUUCAGCUAUAAAUUUAGACAUUUGGACAUUUUUGUGUUCUUUGAAAAGUCAUUUCUUCUUUAUUUUUUAAGCUUUAUUUAUUUCCUGUAAUCUCUGUAUAUUAUAAAUCUAUAUUAUAUAGAAGUUUACCAACAAAAUGAUACCAAAGUUGACAUUCCCCAAAAAUUCUGUUUCAGAAAGAUUUAAUUAAAUUAUUGUAUUGUAAAUAUAAUCGAAAAGUACCUAUUUUAUAAUUUUUAAGUUUUCUUCUUUUAUAUGUAUAAAAAUGAGUUUGUGCAGAUAUUGUUAUAGAUUUGUAGAUUAUUUCUUUAUAUGUUUGUUUUUGAUUAUAUUACUUCCUGCAAUAUGAAAAGUUGUAAGCAAAAUAAUCAUUACCUAUUAUUAUAGAGUUUUUGAUGUAAAUAACAUACUUCAAACGAUAUCUUCUAUUGUGUCUAUUUGUUAUGGUCAAACCAAUAUUUAUUUUCUCAUAAGCACUUUAUUGAAAUUUUUUUUUUGGUUGUGGUAGAAAAGAACUGUUAUUUACAUUUCUAGAAACAUUUUCGAUUCAAUCAUAUUGACUUUUCAGUGCUAGAAUUGGAUUUUUCUUUUUUUUUUUUGACCAAUGGUUUGAUCAUUUCAAUCUUUAAUCUUUAAAGAAAGCUAUAUAUUGAAAAACUAACCUUUUUCUGCCUAGUUUUCUAUCGACUUCGAAUGGCCUUAAUUAAAAAAAUAUAUCUUCAAUCCGACUACUUAUCACACUUUCACUUGUGGAUGUUUAAGAUAGAAAAUGUAACUUACAGAACUGAUAUCAAUCUUGCAAUAUGUCGAUUUUUUUUCGGAUCUCAAAUCCGAAUUAACGCCUGGUUUGUACAUCGAUAACGUGAAAUAAUAGACGUGUUUCCCCUUUUAUAUAGGUUAUGUAUUUCAUUUAUGUACCUUUACUUGUCUUUGACAUUUUAUUGCAAAUAAACGUAUAAAAUACUUAAAAA